CUUCCGCGGCUUCGCUUCGUUUCCCUGGUUCCUUCUUUUCUUCUGACUCGGUCGUUUUGCGUUCUUUCGUGUUAUGUUUGACAGCAAGUAGCAUCGAUUGAUUCAAGAAAAGAAGCACUUGCGGUAUCUAACAACUGGCAGAAUCUGACAAAGACAAACGUAGAAAUCUUUUGAUCGUCAGUGUGGAGGGAAGAAAUCGAUCUGAAGAACAUGACACAGUAUCAUCUGACAAGAAUCUGGAUGUUAAUCCUACUGGGCACGUGAUAAAAAUCGAACUAGAGCUGAAGGAAGCUCCGGACGACAUGAUCGUCGGAUCGACACCAUUCAAAUUGGACGUCACCGGUGAAAUCAAUUCGACCUAUCCAGAUGGCAUUCCGGAACCAAACGCUAUUAUAGUCAGAGCUGAAGAGGUUUUGAUUGUUGUUUUGGUCCUCCUCCUUUGGGCCGCGGCGAUUGCGUUAUUUUUCAAUCGAUGGGGCAAGAUUAGAAUGUUGGAGCCGUAUCAACCGAAAUUUCAACAACACAGACAAAGUUGUACUACGAUUGAACAAAAUCAACUCCAGAAUCGGCGCACGUUCUCGAAAUGUAACAUACCCUGCGGGGACUAUCCGGCGGGACACGAAUUAAAUUACGCUUCGGGUCAAGUACGACCGAGACAAAACAGUGUGUUCAUUGGAUCUAAUACGUCGUUGCUGCCUGGCGCUCAAGGUAUGCCACGUCGAACGAAAAGCGCGCUCGAUCUUCAAUUCUUGAUGUUUUCGGAGAACAACUCGUGCAGUGAACAGGAUACGUUAAAAAACUUGAAGUCAGCCAACGAGUCCACGAAAUUGUUGCAACGCGAACGAAAGACCAGUAUAUGUCAGUUAGACAGAAUCGAAACGUCCAAGCCUGUCUUUCGAGACAGAGGAAUGAGUGUCUGUCAAUUCGAUGCUUCCUCGAAAUUGUGGCAACGAGAUCGUGGAAUGAGUGUCUGCCACUUCGACAGGAUGGAGGUACUUGCCAGACCGUUGCAAAGAGACCGUGGCGGAAGAAUCUGGCAGUUCGACAGAAUGGACGUAUUGGCCAACCCGCUGCAGAGAGAUCGCACAGGCAGCGCCUACCAUUUUGACAGAAUGGACGUCUUGGCUAGGCCAAAUUGUUCUUUUGGCAAAUCCUUGGCGAGGGAGAGGCGCGUCAGCAUGUGUAACUUUCUGGAGAAAGACGAAGAAGCAGCAAAAGGUAGUCAAAUGGUACGGCGUUUAAGUAGCAACAACAUUGAGAAAAUCGUGAAGGAGGAGGCGUCCGUCGAAGAAGCGGAGUGUGAAACGGCGAUGCAGCACAUAUUUCCCAAAUGCACACCCAAAGGAAAUAAAAAUGCUUCCUAUCAAUUGGACCAACCGUCUUGCAGCAAAACUCCUGACGUUGUGUUCGGAUACAAGGCUACUUGCGUGUAGUGUGAGAAGGUUAAACGUAUGACUUAUCAAGGGAGAAUAUGUAUGCUAUACUUGAAAUUUAUGGAGUUAGUCAUCGUUUCAAUUUCAAGGUAUCGAAGGGUACUUGAAUGCAUAUGACAUAUAUUCAAUCACAAUAUGGUAAUAAAUAGAAAUUCUUAUAUAAAAUCGUAUCUAAGUGUGACACUUAUACCGACUGUAUAAUAUUCCAGAAAUGAGAUUAAAAAAUACUCCUUCCUUUUAAACGUACGACUCAUAAAGUUCCGAAAGAACCAAACUCCGUGUACAUAAUGAUUGAAAGGCGUCUGAUUCCGAGAAUAAUUCUACGACAAAAAAUAUAUUUUGUUAAUGUUAUACUUGGCUCUUUCGGUCAUGUUAUUCUGUGUGAAGGAAUCGUCUGAAUAAAUUUACACCGUGUAACAAACUAAUCACAACAGAAUUUGAAAGUGUACACGUUGUCAACGCCACGAGAAUUUUAGAAAUGAAUAAUUUCACAUACUUUUCGGGCUGAAAACAACGAUUUUCGACAUUCAAACACCGAAAGAGUUGAAGCAAACAGUUGUAAUAAUCUAAGAAAGUAGUAAAAGAAAUUUAUAAAGGAAGAUGCGAACUAUUUUUUCAGGAAUUGUAAUUUUUUAGACGACUGUUGAAAAGAUAUAAAUUUAUUAACACGUAUUACAAUUUUGGUCUUAUUAUGAUAUUAGAAUUUACCAAGCAUUCUGGCAAAAACGGCGUUGAAGAGAACACGAAACAGGGACAAUUAUCUCCGUUACAAGGUUUGUGCCACCUUGUGAUGGGAUAUAACGUUCGAUAUAUACUUCGAAUCCUAAGUUAAAUCCACUUCCCAACGUCCACUUCAUAGGUUUUCAAUACUACAAUACAUAUUUAAUCAUUCAUUCAUUCUACUUGCCAAAUAUGUAUUCACCAAGGUCUUCGCAAACUGAUUUCGAAUCUCAGAAAAAACACUUGCAAUCAAUAGAAUUAUGAGAGUCAAGAAAGCAGUUCCACUUUACUGAAUUUCUAUAAUAAUGCGAGGAAGAUUUUACAGAAUUGUAGACGAUAAACAGGAUUCCUAUAAGUUUUAUUUUAAUGUUUUA